AUGGUCAACAAAGUACUGGCCCAAGUCUUUGGAAAGGAAGGCCCACAUGCCUACCACUGGGACAAGGAUAGCGACGCUGAACCUCCGAAUUGGACGCAGACGAUCUUGGCUCGGGGAUCUGAUAAGUUCGGACGUCCUCAAGGGGAGAAUGGCGGAAAUCAUUACAAGGGGUAUGUGGGGGCAUACAGAGUCACCUUAACCGACGCGGAGUACAGACGCUUGGAAGGAUAUUGUACCAGUGAGAUUCCGACUCAGUCAGAUUGGUCUUGCGAGCUGAAAGAAUCGGAGGGAAUCUUAAAUGACUUUGCUGAUGGAAUGCGAUGUAUGUAUGCUCAUCUGAUUCAAACUCCUCUGGUCCUAACCGCCUGUGAAGCCAUAGGGACUCUCGACAGUUCCGAGCUGCCCUGA